UUGGGCGGCUCCUCGGCGGGUGGCGGUGGUGGCCUUAGCGGUUCCUCCUGGUCCUGUUAAUGUCAGGGCCAAGCCCGGGGAGGAUGGCGCCCUAGAGCCUGGCCUUGCUGGGGUAGGGGCGGGAGGGGGCCGGGGCGGGGACCGGCCAUGUCGGAGGUGACCCGGAGUCUGCUGCAGCGCUGGGGCGCCAGUCUUAGGAGAGGCGCCGACUUCGACUCUUGGGGCCAGCUGGUGGAGGCGAUAGACGAGUAUCAGAUAUUAGCAAGACACUUACAGAAGGAGGCCCAAGCUCAACACAAUAAUUCUGAAUUCACAGAAGAGCAAAAGAAAACCAUCGGCAAAAUUGCAACAUGUUUGGAAUUGCGAAGUGCAGCAUUACAGUCCACACAGUCCCAAGAAGAGUUUAAGCUGGAGGACCUGAAGAAGCUAGAACCAAUCCUGAAGAACAUUCUUACAUAUAAUAAAGAGUUCCCGUUUGAUGUCCAGCCUAUCCCAUUAAGACGGAUUUUAGCACCUGGUGAAGAGGAGAAUUUGGAAUUUGAAGAAGAUGAAGAAGGUGGUGCUGGAGCAGGACCUCCUGACUCCUUUUCUGCUAGAGUUCCUGGUACUUUAUUGCCACGCUUGCCAUCAGAACCAGGGAUGACGUUACUCACUAUCAGAAUCGAGAAGAUUGGUCUGAAAGACGCGGGGCAGUGCAUCGAUCCCUACAUCACAGUCAGCGUGAAAGAUUUGAAUGGCAUAGAUUUAACUCCUGUACAAGAUACUCCUGUGGCAUCAAGAAAAGAAGAUACUUACGUUCAUUUUAAUGUGGACAUUGAGCUCCAGAAACACGUUGAAAAGUUAACCAAAGGUGCGGCCAUCUUCUUUGAAUUCAAACAUUACAAGCCUAAAAAGAGGUUUACCAGCACCAAGUGUUUUGCCUUCAUGGAGAUGGAUGAGAUUAAGCCUGGGCCAAUCGUAAUAGAGCUAUACAAGAAACCCACUGACUUCAAAAGAAAGAAAUUGCAACUGUUGACCAAGAAACCACUCUAUCUUCAUCUACAUCAAAGUUUGCACAAGGAGUGAAUCUGCUACACAGAACCGAGGACUUGUGUGACUCACCACGCAGAACCACCCUAGCUCUGAGUAGCAGAGUCAGCCUUCCACAGGCAGGAAAGGAGCCCACCCACGCCAGGUGACCAAGCAAGUCUACUGCACAGCCGGACCCCAGAACAAAAGCCCAGCAUGUCACCUAUCACUCCUUUGGAUACAGGUUUAUUGUAGAUUUUGAAACAUUUUUACUUUUCUAUUAAUUGUGCAAUUAAUAGUCUAUUUUCUCAUUGCCACUGCUACCGUUUCCCGGACAGUACUGCUGUGGUAGACGUGCAUAACUUGAGACAAUGCAGCAAUAAGAAUGUGCUAGAGUUUACAUCUCUGCUCACUUCUGCUCCAGUGUGCUCAGAAGGGUUAAGUGUCAUGCUGGGAGUGGAGGUGGGCAGAACUGUUCUGAGAGGAAUCGGACUAGUUACAUUGCCUAACAAAGACUCCUAACUUAGAAGAGACCUCACCUGAUGCCAUGGGUCUCCUGCAUAGAAAGCGUGGCCUGACCAGAUGAGAAUUGAGUGCUCCCCAGAGGCCUGGAUUGAUUUCCUGAAGAGAGCACAUGUAUAGUCAGGUGGAUUAUCUGUUCUUCUCUAUUGUACUGCUAAUUCUUUUUGGUAGAUCCUAGGGUUAACAUCGGGACCAUCUCAGAAUAACUACAGAUAAUGUGUUUACAGAUCUUUUAAAUGGUGUCAUUUAGGAACAGUUGAGUCAGAUGGUAAGAUGCUGCGGGCUAACUGCUGCUUUCCUGGUCACCCGUUGUGAGACCUUAAGACCGCAGACCUCUCCUUAGUAUGCAAAAAUCUGGAAAGACUGUCUAUUUUUUUUAAUAUAGGUAGAUAGGAUUGCCAUUUAUUUCCUAUUUAGAUAUACAUUCAUUCACCCAUAUGAAAAUAUGCAGGUCAUUAGUUUAUUUUGAAUUGACUAUUUACUUUUGGUGUAACGAGGCAUAAAUAAAACUUUGAUAGCACACGGUGGAUGGUUGUUACACAAACAUUAAGGUUUGUGAGGGUCUUUCUGUGGGUUGGACGAGCCAUGUAUUUAAUACUCACUUGUCAAUGAACAGUGCGUGAGGGGGCUGCACUGUCAAUACAGGGCCUGUUUCUAAAUAGUCUACCCUCAUCACACCAUUCAAUAUAUUUGCUUUUUCAAGUAACCACCCACAAUGAAUAUGUUUUCAACUUACCCUUCAAGAGAUCUAGUCUUGACUUUGAGCACCUACUAGGUCACUGUUUACUAGAUAAUCUUAAUAAGAACUAUUUCAGGCUCAACCUGAAAAAAAUCCACAACCAAAUUAAAUCCACAACCAAAUUAUCUCUUCAUUGGCUUAAUUCCAAAUGCUAAAAUAAUUCCAUCUAUAAUAGCUCUAGGGGACGGAGGUUUUUGCCUUAAAUUAGCUCGCUGUCCAACUCGGGCUUUGAGUUGUAGAUCCCCGGAUUGUAAGCUCCUCAGGGGCAGAGCCCCAUCUCUGUCAGGGAAGGUUCUAAGGCACUUGGUGGUGCUCUGUGCCUGGGGAGUGCGCAGUACAUUUUGUCUGAUGUUGCUGACUAGACCUAAAAACGAAUUCCUUAAAAGUUAUUAUUAAAACGUAGCAAAGA